AUGGGUGCUCGUCCGCGCGGAGUCCGCGCCCAGGGGCUCUCCACACUCCAGGCACCGCUGCUGCCGCCACUGCUACCGCUGCUUCUGCUGCUGCUACCGGUGGCCGGCGCCUCUGAGGCUGAGCACCGUCUGUUUGAACGGCUAUUUGAAGAUUACAAUGAGCUCAUCCGACCUGUGGCCAACGUGUCCGACGCUGUCAUCAUCCAGUUUGAAGUAUCCAUGUCUCAGCUGGUGAAGGUGGAUGAAGUCAACCAGAUCAUGGAGACCAACCUGUGGCUGAAGCAAAUCUGGAAUGACUACAAGCUGAAGUGGAAUCCCUCUGACUAUGACGGGGCCAAGUUCAUGCGUGUCCCUGCGCAGAAGAUCUGGAAGCCAGACAUCGUACUGUAUAACAACGCUGUUGGAGAUUUCCAGGUAGAUGACAAGACCAAAGCCUUACUCAAAUACACAGGAGAAGUGACUUGGAUUCCACCAGCCAUCUUUAAGAGCUCAUGCAAAAUUGAUGUGACCUACUUUCCAUUUGAUUACCAAAACUGCACCAUGAAGUUUGGUUCCUGGUCCUAUGACAAAGCAAAAAUCGACCUGGUCCUGAUCGGCUCCUCCAUGAACCUCAAGGACUACUGGGAGAGUGGCGAGUGGGCCAUCAUCAGGGCCCCAGGCUACAAACACUACAUCAAGUAUAAUUGCUGUGAGGAGAUCUACCCGGACAUCACGUACUCUCUGUACAUCCGACGCCUGCCCCUCUUCUACACCAUCAACCUCAUCAUCCCCUGCCUGCUCAUCUCCUUCCUCACUGUGCUUGUCUUCUACCUGCCCUCUGACUGUGGCGAGAAGGUGACACUCUGCAUCUCGGUGCUCCUCUCCUUGACUGUGUUUCUCCUGGUGAUCACGGAGACAAUCCCAUCCACCUCUCUGGUCAUUCCCCUGAUUGGCGAGUACCUCUUGUUCACCAUGAUUUUUGUAACCUUGUCCAUCGUCAUCACCGUCUUUGUACUCAACGUGCACUACAGAACCCCAACCACACACACGAUGCCCAUGUGGGUGAAGACUGUAUUCUUGAACUUACUUCCUAGGAUAAUGUUCAUGACCAGGCCAGCAGGCAACGAGGGAAACACUCAAAAACCAAAAUCCGUUUACAGUGCUGAGCUCUCAAAUAUGAAUUGCUUCAGUAAUGCCGAGUCCAAAGGCUGCAAGGAAGGUUAUCCCUGCCAGGAUGGCAGGUGUGGUGUCUGCCACCACCGCAAGAUAAAAAUCUCAAAUUUCAGCGCCAACCUCACGAGAAGCUCCAGUUCUGAGUCUGUCGAUGCCGUGUUCUCCGUCUCUGCUUUGUCACCAGAAAUCAAAGAAGCUAUCAAAAGUGUCAAAUAUAUUGCUGAAAAUAUGAAAGCACAAAAUGAAGCCAAAGAGAUUCAAGACGAUUGGAAGUACGUUGCCAUGGUGAUCGAUCGUAUUUUUCUGUGGGUUUUCAUCCUGGUGUGCAUUUUAGGGACAGCAGGAUUGUUCCUGCAACCUUUGAUGGCCAGGGACGAUGUGUAAGCACUAAACUCUGUGUGCUUACCUGAGA